UGACUUUCUCCAAUGUUUGCUGAACUGAACGCUGUUUGUGUCUUAAUAUUUGCACUAAGAUGUGCGAUGCAAGGCCAGAAAGUUACUUUUGUUCUUUACAUUAAGUUCCUUCUGCUUGAUCUUUAUGAAACAAUUAUCUGUGAUAAUGAUAAUAAAUUUUUCCUGCCUCCUUAAGGCUUGAGGUUGGGUAAGUAUUUCACAAAACUACACAUCCCAGAAUGCCACAGCACUGAGCCCUGGGAAAGCGGUGUCAAACUAUUAAUUCUGCAGCCUAAACAGACAAUGGCGCUUAGCCUCAGGAAGGCUAAACUGAAUACUAUACUAAAUGCACAGUGGGAUGCCGCAAGCUUUAGAAGUCACACUGGCAAAAGGGAGAAACUGGAGAUGUUAAUAGAAACCCGGAAUAUCUAGGCAGCAGUGCUACUCUUCUAGUUAUGGCUCUAUGCUGAAGCCACGCCUCUUUCAGUUAGAGUCAAUGAAACGGUUCCAUUCUGUAUCAUAGAGGGAAUAAACUAGAGUCACUUCCGGGUUCAUAAUAGAAGCCAUUUUCUCUCCUUUUUUCCUGGCUCUCUCCUUAGGGAGACGAGUCAAAACGGAAGCCUAAGCGAAGUACUACAAAUCCCAACAUGGGGCGAUAGGCACAGGAACGGGAUGGGUGGGUUUUGGAGGACUAAUAAUGAGUUUUGAUAGUCUGAGACCUACACUUCCAGUUGAACCGGAAGCGGAAGCGGUUAGGACGGAAGGAGCGGAGUUUGCACGGCGUGGAGCCGUAGUUGAGUUUGGCUUUUGCGAGGGACGGUUGUUUCUGUCCUCGAGUCCAAAAUGCCGUCGGAGCGGUUCCGGAUGGAGACGGUGGAGGCGCUGCGGAGGAGCCGCAAGGGGAGGCUCUCCUACAGCCGGGAAUGGAGCCCCGACGCAGCCCAGGAAAUCCUGGACAAAUACCACAGCCCCCCAGAGCUGUCUCCUUGCUCCGGAUGGGCGCUGGAGAAAAUGCUCUCCUGCCCUCCAAAGCCAGCGCCUCUCUUUGCAAGCUCCUCGCCUGUUCAGGAGUCUGUCCUCAUCCAUGGCCUGUCCUCCUUUGCGCCUGAUGCAUCUCCUUCCAGCCACCUGGUCUCCACGCCUCAGUCCACAGAAGCCCCCCAUGAAGCACAGGGUUACAAGGACUGGAGAGCUUCAGAGAGUGACCACGACGCCUAUACUCUACCUUCUCUCUCCAAAAGCACAAGGGUAGAUGGUCUGAUCCGGUUGCAUGAGGAAAUCCAGAAGCUGAAAGGGAAGGAAGAGCUAAAGCAGCGCCUGGAACUGCAAGAGCAAGUGGUAAAGGCAGCCUCUGCGGAGGCAAGCGAAUUGCUCAAGCGCUUUGAUGAGCUGAAGGAAUUGAAACGCCAUCAGGAAUGUCAGCACCUGCGGCAAGAGAUAGAGAACAGCAACAAAGAAGCCCAGGGACAGCAAGAAAAGCUGAAGGAGGAGCACCGACGCAGAGCAAAGCUGAUGAACCGGAAGCUACGCGAAGCUGAGCAGCAGCGCCAACGGCAAGAGGAGCUGGACCGCCUUCACAGGGAGGAGCAGCAGGAGCACUUGCGCCGCCUCUACUCCAUCCAAGAGGAGGUCUUGCGGAUCAACCAGCAGAUCGGCCUCAACUACAGGCAUAAAGACUUGCCUGGGAUUGACCUCUCCCUGUACAGUAACCGCGGCAAUCAGAUCUGUGGGGAAGUGUCGGGGAUUGUCCAUGCGGCCAAUGAGAGAGGGUUCCCCACUGAGGCAGAUGUGGCCUCUGCUGAUCAUGUUCUCCUGGAAAUGCAUCAGCUGAUUUCCAAAAUGCAACAAGAAAUUGCCCUCACCGUCAAAGAGAAGAAGAGGCAUGAGGAGGAAUUGGUCGCGGAAGCUGCUGCAGCGGCGGCAGCGCAAGAAAGGAAAGAGGAGUUACAGAAACUGGAGCGUGCAAAACUGCCAGCUCCAAAGCAUGGGCUUCAGGUGAAGGCAGAGGAGACGACUAUGCAGUGGUACCAGCAGCUGCAGAAAGAGUCAGAACAGUGCGUUGCUUCUUUCAGUCGGUUGGCCAACAGCAAAGACAGCCAGGACAAAAAAAUAAAAAUGGAUUUACAGAAAGCAGCCACCAUCCCUGUUAGCCAGAUUUCUACCCGAGCAGGUUCCCAGUUGAAACAGAUAUUUGAGAAGAUCCACAGCCUCCUUUCUGGAAAACCUGUCUCCUGUGGUGGCCACAAUGUCUCUGUCACUCAGCAUCCUGAAGGCCUGGAGUUUGUUUAUUUCAAACUGGCAGAAAAGUUUGUGAAACAAGGUGAAGAAGAAGUAGCAUCUCACCACGAGGCUGCUUUCCCCAUCGCUGUGGUGGCUUCUGGCAUCUGGGAGCUGCAUCCCCGGGUGGGGGACCUUAUCUUGGCCCACUUUCACAAGAAGUGUCCAUAUGCUGUCCCUUUCUACCCAGCCCUGAAGGAAGGCACCUCCAUGGAGGAAUAUCAGAGGAUGCUUGGUUACCAAGUGAAAGAUUCAAAAGUUGAGCCACAGGAUAACUUCUUAAAGCGGAUGUCUGGGAUGAUCCGUCUCUAUGCUGCUAUGCUUCAACUGCAGUGGCCUUACAGAGAUAGGCAAGGGGCUCACCCGCACGGAUUGAAUUACGCGUGGCACUGGCUGGCACAGAUUUUGAACAUGGAGCCUCUGGCGGACGUGACGGCCACCCUUCUCUUUGACUUCCUGGAGGUCUGUGGAAAUGCUCUCAUGAAGCAAUACCAAGUGCAGUUUUGGAAGAUGGUCCUCCUAAUCAAAGAAGAGUAUUUCCCAAGGAUUGAAGCAAUUACAAAUGCUGGAGAAAUGGGCUCCCUCGUAAGAUUGAAGCAGUUCUUGGAGGAGUGCUUACGAAGGAAAGAAAUUUCUCUGCCCAAGGGCUUUCUGCCGCCAUCCUUUUGGAGGUUGUGAUUCCUCUGCUCCCAGCGACAGCUUCCUAGAAGCUCAGAGAAUGGCCUGCUCCAGUUUGGAUUUCAUGGACAAGUCUCCAGAGAGAGUUGCUCUCUUUUAAAGAAAAGGUUGGCUCCUGUGGAUGCCUCAGGAACACCAAGGAGCUUUACUUUCCUCUAUGCUUUGUAAGAUUCAGAAGCAACACAGUUUGGGUUUUGUCUUUUUUCAAAUGUAUUUUAUGAAUUCUUAUUAAAAAUUAUGGGAUA